AACACCAUCACCUCGCCUCGCCCCGGCGCCGCUGCCUCUCGCGCCUCGUGUCCGCCGCCGCGCCUGCUCAGCUGCCCAGGGUGCUGCCGGCUUGCUGCAUCUCCGGCCAGCGCGUCGCCUCUCCUGCUCCAGUGCCAGCGUGGCCCGCUGCCUCCGCCCGCCCACGCCGCAGCGAUGUUCGACUUUCUGCGCUCCGAGCGGCCGCGCGCCAGCAGCUCCAAGGAGAGCUCGCCGCUCGACGCUCUGCCGCCGCAGCUGCACGCCAAGGUCGACGACGCCAUGGCGCAGCUGCACGACGCCGUGCCCACCUCCGUGCGCGAUGCCGCAGCCGAGACGUCGCAGCGCGCCGAGCAGGCCGGGAAGCGCUUCCUCGCCUCGCCCCUCUCAACGGCACUCCUCAGCGCUGCCGUGACGGCGGGCAGUCUGGCCAUGUACUGGCGCUACUUUCGCCGCAUCCGCACAGCCGACCACAUCACGCCCGGCACGCUGCGCUGGCGCAAGACGCUCGUGGGACGGUGUACGAGCGUCGGCGACGCAGACGGCUUCCGCAUGUACCACCAGAUGCCGUUUCCCUUCCGCCUGCUCUCGCCCGUGCCCAAGCCGGCGAAGAGCACCGAGACGCUCUCGGUGCGCCUCGCGGGUGCCGAUGCGCCCGAAAGCGCACACUUUGGCAAGGAGGCGCAGCCCUUCUCGAAGGAGGCGCGCGCUGAGCUCGUGCGGCUAUGCCUUGAUCGGACAGUGUGGUGCAGGGUUGCACACGUGGACCAGUACAAGCGGCUGGUGGCCACGCCGUACGUCUGGCUGCCGCCGUACAUCCUCGGGCGCACCAACGUGUCGCACCGCCUCGUCUGGCUCGGCCUGGCGACGGUGUACACGCAGAGCGGCGCCGCGUACGCCGAGGCCUCGUGGCUGCGGCGCCUGCUGAUGCGCGGCGACAAGGCGACGUGGGGCCUGCGCUCGCUGCAGAAGGCCGAGGACAAGGCAAAACGCGCACGGAGAGGCAUGUGGAGCCUGGGCUCCAAGCUCGAGAGCCCGGCCGACUACAAGCGACGGAUCAAGGCGGAGAGAUCAAGCUAA